AUGGGCUUCAUCGACAGCGUUCCUCGCACGAGUGCCUAUCAGGAAGAUCUGCAGGGCGAAGCGACCUGGUCCUCAGUGCACACCUUUGCUACCCAUUAUGCCCUGGUCCAGCAGUCCAGGGAUGAUGCGGCCUUCCGGCUCUGCGCUGUGUUGCGCACAGUGACCUCUAACUCCGACCCCACGCCUAGGAGAUUUGCAAAUGGUGCCUGGAUGAGGACACAGCUGGAGAUGGCAAAGCUGCUGAAGGCUGCUUUUGGGAACCAGCUGGGGGUCUCGGAGAAGAAAUACCAGCAGAGCAGCGAGACACCGAGCUGCCUGUCGUGCCCAACAGAGGAGAGACACUUGGAAAAGCCAAGCGGAACCGCAGGUCAGGAAGCCUCCAGCACCAAUGGCUGUGUGAAAGAAAAGGACAGCAGACAGUAUGCCCUUCACAGAUCCCACAGCCCCUCACACAAUGAGGAGUACACGCCACCACCCCCAUCCCGGGGGAAGAAAAAGAAAAAGAAAUCCACACGUAAGAAGAGGAGAAGGUCUCCAUCAUAUAGCCUCUCGCCUGUGAAGAAGAAGAAGAAGAAAAGCUCAAAGAAACGAAAAAGAAACAGGUUAUCUUCAAAGAAGAGAAGACAUAGUUCCUCAAGCCCAAAAAGUAAAAGGAAGGAAGAAAGAAAACACAAAAAACAAUCUCAUAGCCGGCCACGAAAAUCCCACCGCCAUCGCCACUACCACUACCACUCUUGCUCGGAGAGCUCCGAUUCCCUCUCCUCUAGCUGCCAAAGCAGGCACAGAGCCAGGUCUCGGGAGAAAGGCCACAAAGCAAGACGAAGACGCUCCCAGCACUGUUCAAAGAGCACUGAGAAGCGAAGCAUCUCUGCAGAGGGUCAGGCCAGCCAUUCCCCCUGCCAAACCCUUCAGAGCUGCAGCUUCCUCUCAGCUAAGGAAGUAAUCUCUCAGUCAGGGUCAUCUGCUGACCUCUUUACCAAAACAGACAGCCCGCUUGGCAACCUAGCCAGUCGGAAUGGAGGGGCCCAUGAAUCUGACUCAGGAAACGAUACUUCCUCCCCUCCCUCCACUCAGACAAGCUCAGCCAGGCCAAAGGACAGCCAGGAGCAAAGAAGCCUAGCCCACCAUGGCUUUGGCCAUGCCUUCUCACCUGGGAAGCCCAAAAUGGCCAACAGUGAUAACAGCUCUGAUUCGGGAAAUUCCUUCACCAGUUGUUUUUCCCAGAGCAAGGGAACAACUUUGGAAAAUCUCUCUCCGGAUGCCCAGGGACAGGACCAAAGAAGUUUCCUGUCCCCGUGUCUCACGUGCUCGGAGAUGAAGAAGCAGACCUCCCUACAUUCCCCAGACCGCAGCUCCCCACUGAGACCAUGCUUCCACAGCGAGUCAUACACCAGCACAGGGCAGUCCUCCCGUGGCUCCAGUCGCUCUGCCCACUCCCGCUCAUUGCAUCAUCAGGCCACGCCCAGGUACUCCCGAAGCAGAUCCUGCUCCUCAGGGAAAAGGUCCUAUUCAUUUUCCCCCAGCUACUCAUCCAAGUCCUGCAAAAGAAGCCCUGGAAGCAGGAACUCAAGAUCGCGUCGUAGCCCCAGUUAUUCUCGCUACAGCCCCAGCAGGGAUCGCGCAAGAGAGCACACGUAUGGCUCCAUUGAGAAGGAGUCCCAGAGGGAGCGGAACAGGCGGCAGCGGAGGUCCUACUCGCCCAUGAGGAAACGCAGGAGAGAUUCUCCCAGCCACCUGGAAGCUCGCCGCAUCACGAGUGCCCGGAAACGCCCCAUUCCAUACUACAGGCCCAGUCCUUCCUCCUCCAGCAGCGUCAGCAGCUGUUCCUCCUGGUACAGCAGCGUUAGCCGCUCUCCCGGCCACAGCCGCAGCUACUCCAGCUACAGGAGCAGCCGGAGCAGAAGCUGGAGCAGCAGCAGUGACAGCGGCCGGAGCCGGAGUUCAGGCCCAAGGAGCAGCCGCAGCAGGAGCAAGAGUUACGACUCUGCGGACAGCUAUGACAGCCUGCGACGCUAGGCCGUCCCCCUCCCUGCCACGUGCAUGGGGGUUGUCUCUUUCAAUUCCUCUCUCCUCCAGCCUCCCUGGAGAGAGCUUAUUCUUUCAUGUUUCUAUUGUGGCAUCCACCAGCGCCCUGUUGUGCUGGGCACUGCACACAUAGAGGCAGUCACAGAGAACAUGUGGGCAGAGAGGGAGGGUCCGUGCUUUGCAGCGGCUGUGUUGAUUAUAAACCAGCCUCCCCCACCCAUUCCUUGCCUAUCUCCAGGGAAGCAUUUCCUAGGGGCUAAUCCAGGGAGAGAGUUUAGUUCCUUGCUUUUCCCUGGCCAGCAGGCAUCAAGCACCGAUUGUUUGGUUGGGGGAGAGGGAAAUAAUGUAAAGGAAACUCUCUUCAAGACUUUUGGGCCAGGCAGGAAGUCUGGCCCUGCUUCUAUUGAGGUCAAUGGCAAAGCUUCCCUUGACUCCAGGGUGGAGUCCCCCAGGUGCUGCAGUGUGGCCUCUCUCCCCUCCAAAGGGAAAAACCAGAGGCUUCUGCAGGAUCAAUUCACCUUCCUUGGACGUGGCUUUCCCACUGUGCCCCUCCCCUGGGGAAGAAUAUUCAGUCCCCAGGGAUCAGCCAAUUCGUGUUGUGAAUGUGAAGAAGGAAAUUCCACAGGGUGAUGGAUUGUUUGGAAGGGGCCAGUCCCUUGCCCCACCCCCAUUUUUAGAUCACGAGUUUGCUUCUCUUUACCCCAGCAAUAUGUCCCGCUGGUGAGAUGAUAAGCAGCAGUGGGAACAAGCGAGGGUUGGGAGCUGAGAGGCCAGGCCAACAAUCAGGAAAUGCAAGGGAGCAAAGUCCUGUCACUGAGGCUCCUGUGAGCCCUCAGCCCCAGAGCUCUCCAGGGCUGCUGCUGGUGGCUGGUUUUGUCACAGGAGCUUUGUGUGGGGCAAUGGAAUUCCCCUGCAGGGCACGUGGGAGUGAAAGUUCCAGGUCCUUUUGGGUACCGUGGCAUGGGGAACUCCAAUGAAACGUGUUAGUAUGUAGCCCCCAUUG